AAAGUAUUCACCUAAUAUUAAAAAUGCCAAUCAAGUCAGUACAGGCCCGUCAAAUCUUCGAUUCCCGUGGUAAUCCCACUGUUGAAGUUGAUUUGGUAACAGAAUUAGGUCUCUUCCGUGCUGCCGUACCCUCUGGAGCAUCCACUGGGGUGCAUGAAGCCUUGGAACUUAGAGACAAUGUUAAAAAUCAAUAUCAUGGGAAGGGUGUCCUUACGGCUAUUAAAAACAUCAAUGAAAUUAUUGCACCUGAGCUUAUCAAAAAGAAUAUUGAUGUAACACAGCAAAAAGAGAUUGACCAAUUUAUGAUAAACUUAGAUGGCACAGAGAACAAGUCAAAGCUCGGUGCUAAUGCCAUUCUUGGCGUUUCCCUGGCUGUUGCCAAGGCUGGUGCUGCCAGUAAGGGUGUGCCUCUUUAUAAACACUUGGCUGAUUUAGCAGGCAAUAAUAAUAUUGUACUGCCAGUACCUGCUUUUAAUGUCAUCAAUGGUGGAUCACAUGCUGGAAACAAAUUAGCCAUGCAGGAGUUCAUGAUUUUGCCUACAGGAGCCACCAGCUUUAGCGAGGCGAUGCGCAUGGGAUCUGAGAUAUAUCACUACCUUAAGAAGAUUAUCAAGGAGAAAUUUGGCUUAGAUUCAACAGCUGUUGGUGAUGAAGGUGGCUUUGCACCUAACAUUUUGAAUAACAAGGAUGCUCUAUACCUAAUUCAAGAUGCUAUCCAACAGGCUGGUUAUACUGGCAAGAUUGAAAUUGGAAUGGAUGUGGCCGCGUCAGAGUUUUACAAAGAGGGUACCUACGAUCUAGACUUCAAGAAUCCCAAAUCAAAUCCAACUGACUACUUGUCAGCAGAUAAACUGGGUGAUCUUUAUUUGGAGUUCAUUAAGGACUUCCCAUUGGUAUCUAUUGAGGAUCCUUUCGACCAAGACGAUUGGGCAGCAUGGAGCAGUCUCACAUCCCGUACGCCCAUACAGAUUGUUGGAGAUGAUCUUACAGUGACAAAUCCUAAACGAAUUGCCACAGCGGUGGAGAAGAAGGCAUGUAAUUGUUUGUUGUUGAAAGUAAACCAGAUUGGCAGUGUCACUGAAUCAAUUCAAGCUCAUUUACUGGCUAAGAAGAAUGGAUGGGGCACCAUGGUUUCCCACAGGUCUGGUGAAACUGAGGACACCUUCAUUGCGGACCUAGUAGUAGGUCUAUCCACCGGUCAGAUCAAGACAGGUGCGCCAUGCCGCUCUGAGCGUCUCGCAAAGUACAACCAAAUUCUUCGUAUUGAAGAAGAACUUGGCGCCGCUGCGAAGUACGCCGGCAAGAACUUCCGGGCGCCCGUUUAAACUAGACAUUGCUAAAAUAUUAUUAUACAUAAGUAUCUAAAAAUAUAUGACAAAGGCAAACAUUAAUUUUAAUUUAUCAAACAAAUUGUGUUUGUUAUAAUCAUCGUUUUUACUAUCUACAUCCGCGAUCUGAUUAUUUCCUUUAACACAAUUAGACGUCUGAAC